AUGACUACUAAAUCUGACUAUGAUACAUUAGUUGAUAUGGGCUUCUCUCCCGAUAAGGUGACCCGUGCCUUAAAAGCUGUUAAAAAUGCGGGCUUACAACCAGCUAUGGAUUGGUUGAUAGCACAUCCUGGUGAUAAUGAUGAACCAGAGGGAGGAGCCAAGUUGGGAGAAAAUCCAAGUGGAGAGGAAAUAGUUGAAGCCUCUUCGUCUUUAAAAAGUGCUGAAGAAAUUCGAGCAGAAGACCAAACAGCUCAAUCUUUAGUGUGUGAAGAUUGUCAGAAAUUAUUUCGUGAUGCAAAUUCCGCGGAACGUCAUGCAAUUAAAUCUGGACAUGUUAACUUUUCUGAAUCAACAACGGCCAUUAAACCAUUGACGGAAGAAGAGAAAGCUGCAAAAAAAGAGGAAUUGAAAAGGGUUUUAGCCGAAAAACGAGAGUUACGUUUAAUUCAAGAAAAGGAAGAAGCAAAGAGUCGAGAAAAAGUUCGUAGAAAGACUGGUCAAGAAUUAUCAGAAAUAAAAGCUAAACUUGAAGAGAAAGAGAUGCAAAAGGCAUUAAUAGCAAAAAAGAAGGAAAAGGAAGAAGAAAGACUUGCUAAAGCUAAAAUAAAGGCACAAAUUGAAGCAGAUAAGAAAGAACGUGCAGCUAAGCGUGAAGCAUCAAAGCAAGCAAAUUUACAACAUCAACAAGAAAUAGCUAUUGCAGAAGCGGCAGCAGCAGCAAAUGUAUCAAAAGAAUAUUCUGAAGCUCGAUUACAGAUUCGACUACCUUCCGGCUCACCUAUUACUCAUACUUUUCAAUCCACUGAUACUUUACAAAUCGUAUAUGAUCACGUUAGUCAACACGUCUCUGAAUCUUUUAAUUUUAUGACAACAUUUCCAAGGAAAAUGUUUGGAGAUUCUGAUAUGGAAAAGUCUCUAAAAGAAUUAGGUAUUUAA